GUUUCUCUCGUUGACUUUGUUAGUCAAGAAAGAAUAAGAAAAAAAACCUGUGCGGUAAUAUCCAGACUCUGGAUUAAACUGGGCAGCAGAAGGUGUACUUCUAACACCCUGCUGGGGGAAAAAGGAAAAAAAAAAGGGGGGGGUUUUCAUCAGUCUGUCGCAGCAGCGCCCCUCUCGACGCCUUAACGGCAGAGGGAUCACGUGGUUUUCCACUACGAUUCGCCGAAGUUAAGAGAAAAGUUUGACAAGCCCGAGGAGCCUCGACGGAGCUGCAGGAGUUCCGGGACAAGGAGCCACUGACGGGAUCCAAACGAACGCUCGUAUUUUUCCCGAGAAACGAUGGAAUCUGUCGCCCAGAAAGUGCUGACUUCGGGAUUCAGCCUUGACUUGGGACCCCUGAAAGAGCCCUUGGCGUUUAUCCGUGUGCUAGAAUGGGUGUUCUCGAUAUUUGCCUUUGCUACCACUGGAGGUUACAGCGGCACAACCAGCAUCAACGUCCUGUGCCAGGGGAAGGCCAAUCAUGAAAUCCACGCGGACUUUGAAUACCCAUUCAGGUUGAUGCAACAUCCCUAUAGUGUUCCUGACUGUAAAAUCAAUCAGAGUACCACAGCUGAAUACUACCUGACAGGAGACCACGCAUCCUCAGCACAGUUUUUUGUCUGUAUUGGAGUUUUGGCCUUUCUUUACAGCACUGCCACACUAGUCCUUUACUUGGGCUACCAGAACUUAUAUAAAGAAUCUAGUCGUGGCCCCCUCAUGGACUUGUUGGUGACUGCGGCCUUGGCCUUUCUGUGGUUGGCAUCAUCCUCUGCUUGGGCAAAAGGCUUGGCCGAUGUGAAGUGGGCCACCAGUCCUUCAACCAUUGUAGCUUUACUUAAUGUUUGCAGUGAUGCCAACAACAACUGCACCCCAGGUGCAACGCCUCACAUGGGCCGGCUAAACGCCUCAGUGAUUUUUGGUUUUCUUAACCUCAUCCUGUGGGGUGGCAACUGCUGGUUCAUUUACAAGGAAACGCCUUUCCACAAAUCAGCCAACCAGCCUGCAGAUGUGGAGGGGGGUGUUAGGCCAUCGUAACUGCACAGCUUCCUCCAUCUCAAAAUGGUCUAAUGUGUCGUUUUAUUGAGUUAGUCAUUUUGGCACUAAUUCUUAAAAGAAAAGAAUGUAGAAUGCAAAGUACACAUUUCUAAAAACCAACUGCUUAUUUUUUCUCAAAGUAUUAAUUUUAUAUUUAGGGCUGUAUUAUCUCAGAUACAUUUCAGAAGGUACUAAAACUGAGAGUUGUUCAGACUGAAAUCAAAACAGGAAAUUGUAGCAGUCAAAAAUGUUAUUCUCAUAGAUGCUCAGUUUGCAUGUUUUAACAUAAUUAUACCCAAGUAUCCAAAACACUGGGUCAAUAUCUGAAAUUGUACUGCAGAUGUGGACUAAAUACCUUUUUGGUGAAAAAUCAAAAUACAGCGUCACCUUUUCACCCUGUUAACUGCCAACACUAUUUCUGUACCAUAUAUUAUUUUUGCAAUCAGUAGUUUCUUCAAAAAACUCAGGGCUAUUAAGUGUAGGAAUUCCAAAACACCUAAUGAAUAUAAAAUACUUGAAGUGUAUUUAUUAUUAACACAAAACAAGUCUAGUCUGGAGACAAAAUUUCAGUCUAAUCGUGAGACAUACAGUAGGCAUAAAAAAGUGUAGUUGCAAUGAAUUAAUGUUAAGUAGUAGUUCAUUUGGAAAAACAAUUCAGUUGCCAAUAUGAGAUUAUUUAUAAAUUGUAAAAGUAAUUUUAUGAAAUCAUUUUUGUGUAAUGUCACACCUUGUCAUCUCACUUUGUUAGGCUAAAAUAGUGAGAGUAGCCCAACAGCUGAAUAUUAUGUUGAAUGUGGUGCAUAUAACCAUUUGGAGCAUGCUGUCGCUAUUUUUUUAUGUAACAUUUAAAACUGUUAGAAGAAUUUAAGUUUUUUUCUUGAAAGAAUAUGUUUUUUCUCUUUGUCCUUCAAGUUUAUAACAUUUAAAUUAAAGAAAAUACCCUUAGGUACCCUAAAGUCCUACAGUAUUUGAAUACAACUGUACUAUGAAUUGUAUACCCUUAGCUAUUUGGAUACAUCAGUUUACUGAUCUCUUAACAUGUUACUAAUUAACUGCAUACGUUUUUAAAUUACUUUUGCCUGGCUUCUACUCUACUUUGUUAUAAGGGAAGGCAAGCUGUUUUUCUCUGCUACUGCCAUCAUUUUGAUUUCCUUCUUUGAUAUAGCUGUAGUAGUAGUUUGAUCCACUAUUGUGUUGACAAAACUGUCACAUAGAUGAGACUGGAGUUCCUUUCACAAUCCAGGAAGAUACUACGGGGACAUGAAAUGCGGUGUAUCAUUAAAAGGAAGAACCCCUA